UCUCUCGCAGCUGUUUCACCGAGUCUGGAGCCUCAACACCUGCUGGGAGUGGUUCUCGAUUUAGAUGUUGGAAUUUACCAGAGGCCUCUGGGCUUGCGCGGCAGCCUCUCCCAUUCCGGGACCUGCCUGGCUCCAGCCUCCUGUGUGAAGAAGCUAAAGGAAAUGGGGGUGACAGUCGCCGGGUUGUAGAGAGGAGCCUCCCCGCCUACGGACGGUGGAUAAGGAGGGGUGCCGGGGUCCAGCUGCACUGAUUUGACUUGCAUUUCUAGCUGGUGCCCCUUUACUGUCUUAUCUGCAAUUCAGAAGAAGCGACUUAACCUUUCUAACCUCGCCUAAGCUCAGUUAGACUUAGCCUGAAAGACUUCACCUAGGACGAGUUGUGAUCGUCUUUAAGAUAGAGAAGGCUCUGGGCACCUGCUUCCUAGGGCUCCUGAAUGGACCGGGUAGUUUUCCUUGGUGCUAUUAGUAGUCAGAGUCAUCACACACUUUGUUGGCAUCAGGCAGCGCCCUGUUCCCUGUUUGCAUCCUUGUAAAACAGGUUUCUGCGCUCAAGCUGCUUCUUUCUUCUUUUUUUCUUUCUUUUAAACAAGAAAAUUACAUGUAGGCAUAACCAGGGUGUGCCACAAACUGGAAGGGACACUUGCUAGAUUUGAAAAAGAUCAAACAACACAGGGUAGGGAAGAUAGCCUAAUGGUUAUGCAAAAAGACUUUCUUGCCCGAGGCUCUGAGAUCCCAGGUUCAAUCCCCAGCUUCGCCAUAGGUUUAGAGCUGAGCAGUGCUUUGGUGAAAACAAAAAACAAAACAGACAGUGCAAACACUGUGGUAUUAACGUGUGGUAGUCAUUGAGACUGCCCAGGCGACUUCAGAGAAACGGCUUUAGACUUGAAGGUUGUUGGAGCACUGACAAGUUAUGUUGUGUUAUUCAGGGCCUAAUGAUAUCGGUAUAAUAUUUCUUUAGAAUAUAUAGAAAUCAAGGCAGGAUGCAGACAUUUUGGAUAGUCGUUAAUAUUUUGGCUGCGUUUACUAGUGGAAAUAGGUUGAUUUUUUUUCCCCAAUGAAUUGGUUAUGCCCACAUCCUUACUGCUGCCUUGCUUUGAUGUCAGCUGAAAAGCUCAUUUUAGUGAAUCAGGAAAGUAAGUUGCUACAGUUUGUAAAGCACCAGUAGAUGUGCUACAAUUUACAUGUGAGGCUGGCAGCCUAGUAAAACAAGGAUGGAAAAGUUAAUGAACAAGGUGGGUGGGUUAAGUUAGAAGCUGCAGGGCAUUCUUGAAUAAAACAAAAGAAAAAUAACCUUUAACUAUAACCUUACCAAAACUAAAGUUUGAAGCCUGAAACAAAGAAAGUGACAGAAUUGAAGACCUACUAUGACAAUGAAGAAAGAGACUGAAUUUGUCAUUGUCACCUAAAGAAAAAUGACAGACAGUAAUCAAACCUGUGAUGUGGGGCAGGAGUCAGUGCCCUAUAUGACUUGUCUGAUUCACAUCCUUGAAGCAUGGUUUGAUGUGGAACAGUUGGAGGACUAUUUGAAUUUUGCAAACUAUCUUCUGUGGGUUUUUACACCACUGAUACUUUUAAUACUCCCUUACUUUACUAUCUUUCUUCUCUACCUUACUAUUAUCUUCUUGCACAUUUAUAAGAGGAAGAAUGUAUUAAAAGAAGCCUAUUCUCAUAAUUUGUGGGAUGGUGCAAGGAAGACAGUAGCAACUCUGUGGGAUGGACAUGCAGCGGUUUGGCAUGGCUAUGAAGUUCAUGGCAUGGAAAAAAUACCAGAAGAAGGACCAGCACUUAUUAUUUUUUAUCAUGGAGCGAUUCCUAUAGAUUUCUAUUACUUCAUGGCUAAAAUUUUUAUUCAUAAAGGCAGAACUUGCCGAGUUGUAGCUGAUCAUUUUGUCUUUAAAAUUCCAGGGUUUAGUUUAUUACUUGAUGUGUUUUGUGCUCUACAUGGACCAAGAGAAAAAUGUGUUGAAAUUCUGAGAAGUGGUCACUUGUUAGCUAUUUCACCAGGAGGAGUUCGAGAAGCCCUAAUUAGUGAUGAAACCUACAACAUCAUAUGGGGUAAUCGUAAAGGCUUCGCUCAGGUGGCAAUUGAUGCAAAAGUGCCCAUUAUUCCUAUGUUUACGCAAAAUAUUCGAGAAGGCUUUAGAUCACUUGGAGGGACAAGAUUAUUUAGAUGGCUUUAUGAAAAGUUCCGCUAUCCGUUUGCUCCCAUGUACGGAGGUUUUCCAGUGAAGUUACGCACCUACUUAGGUGAUCCCAUUCCCUAUGAUCCAAAGAUAACAGCAGAAGAAUUAGCUGAAAAGACAAAGAAUGCUGUUCAAGCUUUGAUUGAUAAACACCAAAGGAUUCCAGGAAACAUUAUGAGUGCUUUGCUAGAACGUUUUCAGAAAAAACAAAAGAUCAACUAGAAGAUAAUAUAUUUAUACCAAUAUGUUUGUGUCUUUAGUACUGUCUUCUAAAUUUUUAUAUGUUCUAUAGUAAUAUUUUUUGGAAAUCAUGGCAAUAAGCAUCUUUUGCUGAAUGUAUUUAAAUAUGCAUUGUCAAUUUCAUUUUAGUGAUCAGUUGUGUCAAAUGUAAGCAGUAGCUCAUUACAUGCCUAACAAUUCAGGAAAUAAUCAUGCUUCAUCUUAUAAAUUCCUAAUAAUGUACAAUAGACAUAGAUUAUUCAAUUUAUGAUUCAUAAUAGAAACACACCUAGUUUCUCUCUUGUGCUACGAUAAACUUGUGGGAUGUCAUGGUACAGGGUUUAGUAUAGAUGUUUAAGUUAGUCGCUGAAUGCUUUCAUUUGUCCAUCAUUCCUUUCAUGACAUUGGGAAAUCAUGUAAUGUUUUUGUGACUUAACCUACUUUUAAAAGACAUGUUACUAGUAUAGCGAGGAAUAUUAUUUGAAGUUCUGUAUAUUUGCUGUGACUGAUAAGUAUGGGACGGAAAUUAUAACAGAAUUAAAUAGUACCAAGACCCUUUAGAAGUUUAUGUAUGUAUUUUCCCCCAUAAAUACUUAAAUUACUAUUUCAGGUAUGAUGUCCAGUUGCCAAGUGAGGUGGAAAAUAAGUAAUGUUUUUCAAACUGAAUAAGAGUAGGGAAAGUAAAAUUUACAUUGUUAUUUUAGUAUUUUAAUGAGAAUCUGUAAGCAAACAUUAUAGAUUGUGCUGUACAGUGUUAGCCCUAUAUUAAGGCAUUUAAUAAUGAAAGCUAAAAGUCACUGCCAGCUUUGCAUUUUAUUAGAAGCUGGUUCUAAGCUGAUGUAAGCAGAGCUAAGGAAAACUGCUUAGGCAUGAUGCAGUAGCACACUUUCACUUUGCAGCCAUUCAUAUGGUCUCAUUGUUGCAAUGAAUAUAUACUUGAAAGAUGAAUUUAUGUGAACAAAACUUUAUGAAAAAAAAUCACUGACUUUGAAUUUGUUGUCUCCUUAAAAUAUGAAUUUAGUAAGUAUUUAAACAAACUAGCUCCACAAAGCAAAUGCAGUAUCUUCUUCCAUUUUCAGAUAAGACAUGACUGAAAUUUUUGUAUAGAUUUUUAUAUAAUAAAUGUGUGUGAUAUACAUAAUAUGUAUAAAAUUAAUCAUUAAUAAAGCUGAUCUACUUGUGAAAUUGCA